AUGCUUUGGUAUUUUGUUUCAGCAUUCUUAUUCAGUGAAGGAUUUGCUGUUGUCUUAAUGAUCCUGCCUCUCUUUUCAUCACGAACAUGGAGUAGACUUUUCAAAAUUGGUUUAAUACAAAAAAUCGCUACAAAUGCAUCAUUCUACUUCAACUUAUUUCUAAUAAUGUUGGGAUGUGCAUUAGCUGAGGCAGUUCGUAAUUCUUGGACCCAGAAGCAAGCAUAUAAUUCACUAAAAGCCCAUCCUUAUGAAAUGCGUCCAGAAACUGAGUCUCUUUACCUUAUGCGUAUGUUUCGAGCUCAAAGAAAUUUGUAUAUCGCUGGGUUCUCAUUGUUCACAUGGUUUGUUUUACGUCGUCUUAUCUGCCUACUUUCUGAGCAUGCACAAAUGACAGCUAGCCUGGAAGCUAGCAUUAAACAAGCACAAAGUGCAUCAGCAGCGGCCCAACGUAUGUUAAACCAAUCAAAGCUAACUGAUAGUGAUACAGAGGAUGUAUAUCCUGAUACCGUAGAAGCACUAAAAGAUGAAUUAUCAAAAUUGACCAAGAAAUUUGAAUCUGAAGAGCAAGCUCAUAAACAAACUAAACGAGAUUUAGAGACUUUAAAGAAGCAAAGUCUUCAAACCAACGCGGAAUAUGAUCGAGUCACUCAAGAAUGUCAGAAACUCCAGUAUCGUCUACAAAUGUUAGAAGGUGGUGGUUCAACAAAUAAAAAGUCUGAUUAA